AUGCCUGCCCCCGUUAAGACAGAUUAUGAUUCACAAGAUGAGGCCAGCACGGAGCUGCUGGAGAAGCUCAAGCACUUGGAUCGACGCGUGGAGGAGACGAUUGAGAGUGGAGGCUUCUGUCAGCGAGGUUGUUGGCAGUCUCUAAAGUGGAAAUCGGCACUCAAUCAUAUUGGCCUGCUUAUUUCACUUUCGAUUUACUGUGGCGUUGGUGGCUUGAUAUUUCGCCAUUUGGAACGACCCGCCGAGGUUGCGCGGUUAUCGCAACUAAAGGAUGUGGUUAAAACGCACAGAGAGCGUUUCAUGGGCGCCAUACUGAACAACACCGAAGUGAACAAUCUGAAUGAGCUGCUGUCCUUCGAGCUGGCGAAAUAUGAACUGGCUGUUCAACAGGCGGCCGAGGGUGGUCUGCUCAUUGUGGCCGACAAAGACUUUCCAGAGCCCUACGAGCGCUGGAGCAUACUGCAAGCUGUGUUCUUCUCAUCGACUGUGUUAACAACAAUAGGAUAUGGCAACAUUGUGCCUGUAACUACUGGAGGCCGUGUAUUUUGCAUUUGCUUUGCACUCAUUGGCAUACCCUUCACCCUGACGGUCAUUGCUGAUUGGGGUCGGCUGUUUGCCACCGCGGUGUCUGUCUUUGGCAAACAUAUGCCAAAAAAGCCGAAGUUUACAAAUUUUAUUGGAAAAACCUGGUUCUAUGCGAUUUUGGCGGUUUGUUUUCUGGGCGUCUAUUUGGCAGCCGGCGCGGGUCUCUUGCUACUCUGGGAGGAUGAUUGGACUUUCUUUGACGGAUUCUACUUUUGCUUUAUCACCAUGACGACGAUUGGUUUUGGUGAUCUAGUUCCAAAGAAACCGAACUACAUGCUUUUGUGCACCCUGUAUAUACUCAUUGGACUGGCCCUAACCUCCACCAUAAUUGAGCUGGUAAGACGGCAAUAUGCUACCAGCUGGGCGAAGCUACAGGAACUUUCUGGUCCCAUGGCGGAAACUUUGCGUCGUUUGGGCGAAACAGCCGGCACAGGCUUGGAUUAUGCGACUUUGCAAAAAGUUUUGACUGUCUCAAUGCCCAAGUGGAAUAGCAACAAAAAGGACCCACAUAAUUCGGACAUUGCCGCGCUGGAGGCUAUAACUAACGCCAUCCUCAAGGAAGUUAAGGAGGCUCAAAAUAACAAGCCCAAGGUUCUGCAAAUUGUUAUCUAUGAGUCGUCGGUGUAG